CUCAGUCUAUUCAGUUCCAACCCACAGAAUGGUCAUUAAAGUGUACAUCUCGAGCGUCUCCGCCAGCAGGGAAUUACAUUCUAGAAAUCAAUCGAUAGAAAUGAUUUUGGAAAUGUCCAAAAUUAACUUCGAGACCAUAGACAUCAGUCAGGAAGCGAACGCAGAAGAACACAAGUUCAUGUUGGAGCAUGCAACACAAAUGGGUGCCACGAGCAUGAGCCCCAACCCGGACGUUCCACUGCCACCGCAAAUAUUUAACGACGAUGUUUAUUGUGGGGAUUAUUUAGCUUUUGACACAGCAGUUGAACUUGGUAAAUUAAAAUCGUUCCUCAAAUUGGAAGUAGAAGAAAAUAAGGAAAGUUAAAAUUAGAGUAAAUAUUAUUUUAAAAUAAUUAUUAUUUAUUUUAUAAUAUUAAUUUAUAUUUACGUUUUAUACCUAUUAAAAGUCAA